ACGUAAGAAAAAUAGGAAAGUCCAGCUGAUUGAAGAUACUUCCGGGUCCUCCAUAUAUUACAAGUUAAUUUAUCAAAAUCAUAGCAAAAAUGCCGGGUUGUUGUGUUCCACUUUGUAAAAAUCGAAGUGGGGGAAGUGGACAGAGAAGAUACUCAUUUCAUCGCUUCCCAGCAUGUCAAGAAAAGAGAAAAUUAUGGCUGAAUUUGAUAAGACGAGACAACUUCACCCCAACAGCAAAUACCCGCGUCUGCAGCUGGCAUUUUCCAGAUGGUUUUGAAGCUGGUCCAACUAGAUUUCACUGGAACGUGAGUGAAUCAACGUAUGCUGAUCCCAUGCCUCUUCCAUCCCAUUUCACUAAGAAAAAGCUUCGCAUGGAUGCAGAUCAGGAUGGUGAACAAGAUGGUGUGACCCAAUUUCAAAGCAAUACCAAGACUCAGGGAAGAGAUGUAGGUCCGGCCGAUUCUGAUAUCGUAGAUCAUCAUAAAAAGAGAGAUAGUAAAGAAAAGAAGGAGAAGAAUCAGUCAAACACAGAGGAAGACUGUGAGAAGGCACACCCUACACAGGAGCUCAUGAAUAGCCAUCAAGGACAAUGUGCCAAGGCCGAGGGAGGUGAUGUUAAAAAAGGGGAGACAUUUGUGAUUCUUCCAUUGUCAGAAGAGGACUUUACGAGGAGGAUAACCAAAAGGAAAGAGGAAAAUGCACGUCUGAAAGAAGAUAUUGAAAGACUGAAAGAGAAGCUAAAAUCUCAGAGAAAGAGAAAGGCAGAUGCUUUAUGACUGGAUGACUUUGUAUAUACAAUUGCAUGAAUUUUUAACGGAAUUGAAGUGAUGUACAUGUAUAUAUAUGACAUUGAUUAUAGUAACAAUGGUUUAAAAUUGUCUAUCGAUGCAGAUCAGAAUGGUGAUGAAAUGCAAGACGUGACCCAAUUUCAAAGCAAUACCCAAAUCUCAGAUUACCGGUGUGUUGGCUCAGUCAGUAGAGCGUCCGCCUCACAACCGGGAGGUCGUGGGUUCGACCCCGGCCGCGUCAUACCAAAAGAC